GACCGUAUAUUAGCAACACGGCAGACAUCUUGGAUUCAAACAAGCUCUAAGUUAAGAGGAGUUCGGGGUUUGCUGUGAAUAAACCGUCAUGGCUCUACCUUUUCUGCCAGGCCAAGUUUUUGAUCGAAAGAUUGGCAAAAACAAGUUCCACAAGUCACAACUAUUUGAUUAUCGGAAUGAAGUAUCAUCCUUUGUAGGUGAAGACAAAUGUGGAAUUGGAGGAGAUCCUUUACCAGGACAGAAGUUAAGACCAAGGCACAGUGGUUAUCCAAAAGGAAUCGGUGGUGAGGCACCAGCUUGGGUUGCAUUUGAUAGACAGGUUUUGUGCUUUGAUGCCUAUUUCCAAGAAGCCGUGCAUGAGAAAAGGGAGGAACAGUACAGGAUUAGAAGAUGCAAAAUUUACUUCUAUUUGGAGGAUGACAGCAUCCAGGUGAUUGAGCCCAAAGUUGAAAACAGUGGAAUUCCACAAGGAACGCUGAUUCGCCGUCAUCGCAUUCCACUCCCUCCACCUAAUGAUGAAGAGUUUUACACUGUGGAAAACUUUAAUGUUGGUCAGGAAAUCACACUUUACUCCCGCACAUUUAAGAUCACCGGAUGUGAUGAUUUUACCCACAAUUUUCUCCGUAAACUUGGAGUCAGGAUACAUAACCCAGAAAACACCCCAACAGAUCCUUAUACAGACCACCGUAAAAAGCUGGUGGAGAGCAUGCAGCCAUUGCGUCCAUAUGAGAAAGAGGACACUCUCAAGCAGUUUCUUCAGUUUGAUCGCAAUGUGUUGCGAUUCUUUUGUGUCUGGGAUGACAGUGACAAUAUGUUUGGUGAUGUACGUGAGAUGGAGUUGCAUUAUUUUCUGGCUGACGAUACUGUAGAGAUCUGUGAACGUAUUCCAAACAACUGUGGUAGAGAUGCGGUACCCAUGUUCCUGAGGCGACAAAGGCUGCCAAAGGAACCUACAUCACUGCGCCAACCAGGGGAGAUUACAGGCAGAACAGUGCUGAAUGUUUUUGGUCCCAUGGGACAUGGAGGCAGAUGGAUUUUGGACAGCCUUAAGACUGGUGCAGUGUAUACGGACUAUUAUCAGGAUAAUGAUCUCACCAUUGGCUCAGUUAUUAAUGUGUGGGGCCGUAAAUUCCGUAUCUGCGACUGUGAUGAGUUCACCAAAGAGUAUUACAAGUCAAAAUAUGGAUUACAGGAGUUUGGAAGUAUCAACUUUAAAGCCAACCCAGAGCCCUUACCACCCCGAGAGAUCCCCCCAUAUAACGGAUUUGGUUCUGAGGAAGACUCACUGGCCACUUGUCUCAGUCUCAGACCCAAGCCUACUCGGAGAGAUUUCAAAAAGUUCAUGGAAAAAGACAGACAUGGUUUGGAGAGUAAUGUUCUUCGAUUUGUUGCGCGUCUGGACACAACGCGUCCCAUUGACAUGGACAGAAGGUUCAUCAUCUCGUACUUUCUGUCUGAUGACACAAUUCUUGUGUUUGAGCCACCUCAGAGGAACUCUGGGAUACUCGGCGGGAGGUUCCUGGAGCGGGGACGAAUUAAAAAACCAGAUGAUGUCAAUUAUUUCAUGGCUCAAGAUUUAUACAUCGGUGCUAAUGUUGCUUUCCAUAAGUACGAGUUUAUUUUGAUUGACGCAGAUGAAUAUGCCGUGAAUUACAUGGAAAAACACGCCGCCGAUUUUCCCCAGGCAAAUGUUCAAUUUAUUCUUCCGAAACUGAAACGAAUUCUUGAACAAAAAUACGAAGAAAUUAAGACCGAAUUCCAGCAGCACGAUCCUGAUAAUAUGGGAAAAAUCCCUGCCGGUGUUUUCAGAGAAAUCUUGCAGAAGUUUGGGAAAAAUCACUUGACUGUUCACGAACAAUUAACUGUGUCCAGAUACUUUGGUGCCGUGAAGGAAGAAGUAGAUGAUUUGCAAAUAUUAGUGGUGGCAGUUCAGGAAAAGCUUAGAAAAGCUAACUUUGACGAUUUCUCCAACAUGACGGACUCAUGCAGACACGAGGAUGUCCUUGGAACUGGAUUCCUUCCCAUUCAAGAACUCCACAACAUAUGCAAAAGGUUUAACGUACCCGCCAAGUCGGAUUUGCUCCAAGCCAUUUUAGAAAGAAUUGAACGAAACGACAAGAACGAAGGGAACUAUGGUCACCUCUUAAAACUUCUGAACUGGAGGGACUUCCCAGUCACAACCCAGAAGUUUGACCCGGCCGCAGCCGCGGACCCAAAGUCAAUGCAACGGGUUGGUCCGCAAGAAUUUGUAAGUUUAGUUAGCUACAAGGAUCUUUUACAAAAUCUUCUGGAGGUGGACUAAGCUCCCAUCACAGAGGACGUUCUUCUGUCUUUACAAGGAAUUCGUUACCUAAUUUAGUUGGAAAGAUUGUGUAAUCCUGAAGACAUUGUUCUGCAGGACACUGUAGUUUGCUGGAUCGCAAGAAAUUGUUAUUUUUCACAGAAGUAUAGAAGAGAGCCCGGAUGGAGAUGUUCUUUGAUUUUAAUUGUAAAUAAACUGGUUGUAUUGUUAUAAUGGAGUUCUGAUCCUUGUAAGUAUGGUAAUAAAAGCUAUCAUUGAAGGCAUUUAG